UGCAUGUUAUCAGUGCCCCCCUUUCGGUCCUUUCCCCGUUAUGUAAAGUUGUGUAAAAGUUUGUUUUGGAUAGAUUUUAAAUUUUUCGCGUAGAAAUAUAUAAAAUGAUUCGAAACAUGCGGUUACACACCUUCUUGUGCAAUUACAUCGUUAAGAACCAGCUCUCCACUACCAGCAGUCUUCGGAGCAGCGAUGUAGUCCCUGUAGAACUCUCCUACAAUGCGUACGAUAAAAUCGAGAGCGACCCGCCAGUAUCACCGGUGCUGGUUCUGCACGGUUUGUUCGGUUCGAAAUUCAACUGGAACAGCCUAUCGAAGGCGUUUCAUCAGAAGACGAAACCCACGCGAACGAUCUACUCGAUUGAUGCGCGAAACCAUGGGGAAAGUCCACACUCGGAGGUGCACUCCUAUGAACACAUGGUGGCCGAUCUGGUGGCGCUCUACAGGAAGCUCAACAUCGAGAAGGCUUCCGUGAUUGGACACAGCAUGGGCGGACGAGCCAUGAUGCUGCUGGCUUUGAAAUAUCCCCAUCUCGUGGAUCGUGCCAUCAUCGUCGAUAUUUCCCCGGCCCCUGGGAUCGGUACGAACAACACCAACAUCCCGUUAUUUCUACAAUCGAUGAAAUUGAUUCAAAUCACGCCGGAUCGAACGAUUCACCAGGCGAGAAAAAUAGCCGACGAACAGCUGGCAAAGAUCAUUGCCGAGAAGCCGCUGCGAGACUUUCUCAUUACCAAUUUGGCCAAAUCGCCGGAGGACGGUUCCUUCCGGUGGAGGAUCAAUCUGGAUGCACUGGAGCGAAACUUUAACACCGGAGUGGCUCAGUUCCCGGAUGUUGCUGGGCUGCGGUUCGAGGGUCCAACGUUGUUCAUCGCCGGGGGCCGCUCGGAUUACAUCCAACAAAAAGAUAUUCCUGUGAUUAAAAAUCUUUUUCCCAACGCGGAAAUCAAAUUCGUCGAAGGAGCCGGGCACUGGGUGCAUAGUGAAAAGUCGGCUGAAUUUGCUAGUCUUGUGUUGGACUUUUUGAACGACAGAAAAUUGCACUAGGAUGAAUGAAAUAAAUGUUCUUACUUAUU